GCUGAACCUCAGCAUUGGAAGCAGUGUAAAAAAAUGUUUUAUUUUAGGGCAGGAGUAGGGUUAGCACUGCUGCUUUGGAGUGUGGCAUGGCUGUUGUGUGAUGCGAAAGGAUAUUGGGAGAAUUCAUCUCACCUCCACUGUUCUCCGAACGAAAUGGAGUUAUUGUUUUCUAUCUCUGCUGAAGAUGCUGUGUUUGUGCUUGAUUUCCAGGAUGAAUUUCAGAGUCUAGAAAAUGACUCUGCUUGCGGGCUCUGGGUAGGGCAGAGACCUAACAACAUGAUUGUGGUUGGUGCUGCCUAUGAUGGAUGCUACGUAAGAGAAGUGGAUGAAGAGUAUAUGAUGGUCCUGCUUCUAGAAGAAAAUGGGACCGAUACAGUUGAGCAGCAACACAAGAUGGAGAAAAAAUGCCCAAUACAGAAUGAAGCUAUGGAUGCCCCUAGCCCUGCCGUCUGCUCUGCCGUCAGUCAAGUGGACAAACUGGCCUGUGCUGAAACUCCUGUAACUAGAGACAUCUGUGAGGCGAUGGGAUGUUGCUAUUCCUCAAAUGAUGCCACAAUGCCCUGUUUCUUUGGCAACAAGUUGACCACACAGUGUUCACUUGAUAACAGCAUGGUGAUUGCAGUGUCCAAAGAUCUGACCAAGCCAUCUUUGCUUCUGAACUCGGUCCAUGUGAUUGGUUUGGACAAGUCCUCCUGUUCUCAGCUUUCAGUGGCUACAAGUGACUCCUUUGCUGUGUUCAGAUUUCCGUUAUCCUGUGCUAAUGCAUAUGAGGUGCCUGGUAGUCCAAUGACCUAUGAGACAACUAUUGAAGCUGUAAGGGGAAUACAGACAUGGCAGGGAUCUUCUAUCACUAGGGACAGUACAAUGAGGGUGACUGUGCGCUGCAGCUACAUUCAGUCGGGCACCGUACCGCUGGCUGUGACAGUGAACACCUUGCCACCACCUCUUCCUGUUAGUACAUCUGGACCUCUUGAGCUAGAAAUGAGGAUUGCAAAAGAUCUUGCCUAUGGAUCAUACUACAGUGAGGGGGACUAUCCUGUGGUCAAAGUGCUCAGAGAACCGGUCUACCUGGAGGUCCGCAUCAUACGGAGAACGGACCCAAACCUGUUCCUGGUCUUAAAUGACUGCUGGGCCACCAACUCUGCAGAUCCUACACUCCUUCCUCAAUGGCCCAUAUUGUUUGACAGUUGCCCUUUUGAUGGAGACAACUACAUUAGCAGGCUGAUUUCUGUUGGAACGGCUUCACUGGUUGUACCUUUACCAAACUACUACAAGCGUUUUCUUGUAAACACCUUCACAUUUGUUGACUUCAGUACUCGGCUUGCCCUUGAAGGCCUGGUAUACUUUCACUGCAGUGCUUCUGUUUGUGUUCCUUCUACCAUGGACAACUGUGAGGCUUCUUGUGGGCAAAGGAGAAGGAGAAUGGCUGAACGCCAGGAUCUGACAUCUCUGAACACAGUGACUUCUCAAGGACCUGUUGCAUUCAUUUCUGAGCAUGAUAAAGAAAUGCUUAAACUAGAAGGUACUGAUCCCACACAGCACUCCAGAUUGGACCUGGUCAGAGCACUAGUAACUGCUGGAGUUGUUGGGUCUGUGGCUUUAGCUGUUCUAGGCUUAUGGAUGCGUCACAGGAGUCAAACCAUGCGACUUUAAAACGGCAAAUGCUUAAAUAAACCUUUUUCCAUA